AUGCCGCGAGCCUGCUGCGGCGGUGGCGGCAGUCAGGCGUCCUUCGACAACUGGCUGCUGUCUGCGUCGGCGGCCGCAGCAGAGCCACAGCAUCAGCAGGGAGCACCGGCGGUUGUGCUCCCGCACCAGCAACAACGCACAGGGCUACUGCCACCGUUCACACAGUUUUUCCACCUUUCAGGUCCCGCCACUGCUGCAGCCGCCGCCAAUGGCAGCGCCGCUGUCGUCAACCCUUCCAACCCGGGUGCCUAUGUUUUGACACAGCAGAACGUGCAGAUGUCGCCCACCAAUCCGGCGAGCACCGAGCCCGUCUCCCAGGCCUCGCAGUUCUUCCCCUCCGCUGCCGCCCUUACCCAGCACCGCAAGCUGCCGGUGUCGCAGGCCGGCGUGUCUGAUCAGGCCGUCGUCGGGGAUAACUUCACCAACAACGGUGCGUCCUCCUCGUCUGCUGCACCUCCUCCAGUGCCUCGGCUCACGCUUGAUCUGCUGCUCGAUCUGCCUGGUCGCGGCGGCCCCGGUGGGGCGCAGUAA